AUGUCCACCACCACCACCCUUGAGGCCCACGGCACGUUUGGUGCCCAGUUUGAGACCAAGAACCUCGUCGACUUUGACACGUCGCGCGUCUACGGCGACUGGCGCGACGAGUUCCACCGCACCGGCUGCGUGGUGAUCAAGAACGUCAUCUCGCCCGAGCGCGCGCAGUACUACGUGGACCAGCAGCUGGCGUGGCUCAAGAAGUUCGACCUGGGCUUUGACGAGACGGACCCGUCGACCUGGACGGCCGACCACCUGCCCGUGUCCUUCAAGGGCGGCAUGUACUUUGCCUACGGGUGCACGCACGAGAAGAUGGCCUGGGAGGCGCGCACGGAGCCGGGGGUCGUCGAGGUGUUUGAGACGCUGUGGGAGACCAAGGAGCUCAUUUCGUCGUUUGACGGGCUCAACAUCUCCAUGCCCAACCGCACGGACCUCACGUGGUCGCCGUGGCCGCACUGCGACCAGAACCCGCAGCGCAAGGGCAUGCAGGCCGUCCAGGGCCUGCUCAACUUUGCGCCCAACGGGCCGCGGGACGGCGGCCUCGUGCUGAUGAAGGGCUCGGCCAAGCUCUUUGACGAGUUUUUUUCGCGCGACCGCGAGCAGGACGACCACGAGGACGCGCCGCCGCCCGAGAUCAAGUUCAUGGACCUGUUUCUGUUCAGCAAAAAGGACGUCCAGUGGUUCCUCGACCAGGGCUGCGAGCUCGUCAAGGUCGACAUGGACCCCGGCGACUUUGUGCUCUGGGACUCGCGCACCAUGCACUACGCCAAGCUCCCCGAGGGCGACCAGAUCCGCCACGUGCAGUACAUCUGCAUGACGCCGCGCAAGUUUGCCACGGACGAGGCGCUGGCGGCCAAGACGAUUUGCUUCAAGAAGAGCUACGGCACCACCCACUGGCCGCACUGCAACAUCCGGCCCUCGUCGGAGAAGCCGAUGCGCAACGGCGAGGUGUGUCCCAAGUACCGCACGGAGCCGUUUGAGAAGCCUGUCGUGACGGACCAGAUUCUGCGGCUCACCGGAGUCAAGCCGUAUUAG